UGUACUAGCCUACUGGCUAGUCUGUCGUCAACAAAUCCUCCGGCCCGACUUGAAUGCCACAGCCGAGGUGUGAUGGGUUCGCCCUGCAUUACCUUAGAUGACAUCGCUGGUUUGGAAGAAGCGAAGGAGACAUUGCUGGAGGCUGUGCGGCAACACCUGUCAGGUGGGGCGUGUCAGCCGAGGUCGGUCCUGCUCUAUGGCGCUCCAGGCACGGGGAAAACCCUCCUGCUCAGAGCAAUAGCAGGGGAGGUGGCCAGCUCCCAGUUCUACAGAGAGUCCGCAUAUGACCUGGUGUCCAGAUGGUUAGGCCAAAACCAAGAGCUGGUGAGGGAGCUGUUUGUGAGGGCAUGUACACAACAGCCCUCCGUUGUGUGUCUGGACGACGUGGAGGGUUUCUGUGGAGCUGAGGGAGAGACGGCAAGGGAGGCUGCGCGCACGGAGCUGCUCUUACAGAUGCAAGGUGCUUUACAGAAUAACGCUGGACUUCUAGUGCUUGGUGCCACGGCGGUGCCCUGGAAACUCGACUGUGAAAUGACAAGAAGCUUUGAGCAUCAUGUGUGUAUUCCUAUGCCUGGCGAGCGUAGCCGAGCACUAAUGUUUGAGCAGCAGCUGAAGGGUGUGUUAAACAGCCUGACUGAAGCGGACUUCACCGGUUUGGCACUGAGGACCGACGGCUUUACCGGGGCCGACAUCAGCAUUGUCAUCCGGGACGCCCUUAUGCAGCCCGUCCGGAGAGUGCAGAGGGCCACCCACUUCAGGAGGGUGAGAGGCCGAAGGCACAAUCAAGCCACUGAGGAGGAUGACCUUUUGACCCCUUGUUGUCCAGGAGACGCAGGAGCCAUAGAGAUGACCUGGGAGGAAGUGACGGACUUAGCAGAGCCCAUCAUAUGUUUGGAUGAUGUGUUGAAGUCCCUUGAAAGCAUAAAGCCCUCUGUGGACCAGAGACACCUGGAGAAGAUACAGAGGUUUACUGAGGAGGUGCAUACGUCUAAACAGGCAGGCGCGUCUAUGUUAACAAAUGCCAGCUAGCUUAACUGGAAUGUUACUGUAAACCUCACUCCCCAACGCCUCAACAGUGCUGCUGGCAUGACAGCUAGUAGCCUGGGCGUUUGGCUCCAUUGUCAGCACGCUUGACUCCUAAUCCGAGGUGAUGCUGUUUCACGGGUUCGUGUGGGCAUGUGCAGUGCUGAACCGCGCUGGUUCAACAGUGCAGGUUAUACCAACAGGUGUUCGACAAUAUACAUACCAUCAGAUUACUCCAUGAGAAAGAGAAUUUCCUGUGUGUGUGUAUUCACACCAAGUUAACCUACCAUUACUUCCCAAUUAUGCACAUUAUCCCAUUAACUAAACACGUUAAAGAAAUCAACUUAAUGCAGACCUAUGUUUGAGCAGGAGAGGGAAUGAUAGCACGCAGCGAUUACAGAACUUGUAACAGAAAGUGGUGUGUGGUGUUUUGUAUGUGUGUGCAAAGUGUGUACAAAUCUGUGUAUACCCUGGCUUGUGCUACCCUGGCUUUC